AUGCCAGUCCACUUUCCCUGUACUGUCUGGAGUCAAUCCAAGUCACCUGUACAUUUCCGCGAACACAAUUCCAAUAACCUGAAAGGCAAAAGAACACCAAAUAUGCCUAAAGUCGUUAUAAUCUCCUCGGAUGAGGAAAGAUUUCCCGUCGAUGUGGAAGUUGCUAGCAAAUCCGUAUUGAUCAAAAACAUGAUUUCCGACUUGAAGCCGGAUAUGGAGGAUGACGACGACGAGGAAUUUGAGAUUCCUACUCCCAAUGUUAGAGCAAACGUGUUAAGCAAAGUUUUGGAAUGGUGCGAGCAUCACAAGAAUACUGUUUUCCCAGAUGACGACGACGAGGAUGCUAGGAAGUCUGCUCCUGUUCAUUCAUGGGACAGAAACUUUUUGAAAGUUGACCAGGAAAUGUUGUACGAGAUUAUCUUAGCCGCCAACUAUUUGAACAUCCGUCCCUUGUUGGACGCAGGGUGUAAGAUCAUAGCUGAAAUGAUCAAGCACAAAUCGCCAGAAGAAUUGAGAAAGACGUUCAACAUCGUCAACGAUUUCAGUCCCGAGGAAGAAGCAGCCAUCAGAAAAGAGAAUGAGUGGGCUGAGGACCGCUAA